AGAAGAAGAAGAAGAAGUUAGAUAUCUUCAUUCUAUUAACCUACAAAACUACGAAACCAAAAUAAGAAUACAUUAAGAGCGAUCCAGUCCUGAAAAAUUUAAACAGAAGGAAAAAACUUAUCCACAAAAAAUGGAUGUUGAAGAUGACCCCAAAGAAUAUCGUUGGGAAACCGGAUAUGAAAAAACUUGGGAAGCUAUUAAAGAGGACGAUGAAGGGUUUCUUGAGGCUUCAGUGGCAGAUAUUGUACAAAGAGCCAAACGAAAACGUCAAGCACUCAAACAUGGUAGUCAGAAACUGGGAAUGAUGAGACAUUUAUUCUUACUUUUGGACUGUUCUGAAUCUAUGUCUAGUCAGGAUUUGAAACCCACACGGCUAAUAUGUACUUUGAAGCUUUUGGAAAUGUUUUUAGAUGAAUUUUUUGAUCAGAACCCAAUAAGUCAAAUGGGAAUAAUAAUAAUGCAUAACAAACGAGCUGAAAAAAUAAGUGAUUUAGCUGGCAAUUGCAGGAAACAUAUGAAACACCUCAGUAGCCUAAAUCGAACAACCCUUGUUGGAGAACCAUCAUUGCAAAAUGGAUUGGAGAUGGCAUUAUCAUCUUUGAAACUGUUACCAUCUCAUGCCAGCAGAGAAAUCUUGGUUAUUAUGGGAAGUCUAACAACAUGUGACCCUGGUGACAUAUUGACUACAAUCAAUAAUUUAACACAGGAAGGAGUAAGGUGUUCUAUAAUAGGGUUAGCAGCUGACGUACAUGUGUGUCGACAACUUGCCAAUCAAACUAAUGGUGUUUAUAAUGUUAUACUUGAUGAUAGUCAUUUCAAAGAUCUUUUACUUCAACACGUUGAUCCACCUCCAGCUGCUACUUGUUUGGAAUCGAGUUUGAUAAAAAUGGGAUUUCCACAUCAGAUUGACAAUGAAGGAUCAGAAGAACCAUUAACAAUGUGCAUGUG